AUGGCAACUAAGGAACCGGUCGGGGAUUCAAGUAAGUUUUUGUCCUUGAAAAAAUCACUAUGCGAUCAAAAACACAUACACCUCGCAGCCAGUGACGAUUUUGUCUCCGAAAUCGAACAAGAAUGCAAAAUUGAAUUUAUGGACCCGAGAUUCCUCUCGGUAAUCGCCCUAGACAGCGACCAUGCCGCGCUUGACUGUUCGUUUUACAGCCCCUUUUACCUCAAGCAUAGAGAUAGAGCGCUGAACGAACACAUUAGAGCUGGACAAGUGGUUGACAGGUAUCCAAGUUUCAUCAAAUCCGCAUUCUCUAGCUACCAAGUUGGUUUGAUCUUUCAAGUCACGUACAACAAUCUGGAAGACUUGGACACUCUAGCUGCCCAGUACCCACCAGAAUCACCUGCAAGGGCACAGUUUUACAACACAGCAGGGAUUUUCCAUGUAACCUUAUUUUCCAGAGAUUUGGGACAUAACGGUGUGCAAAGCACACCUGUAAAGGGGAAUACCAAUGGAGGUGGACAAGGAGCUGGAUCUAUUACAUACUAUGGAGGAUCUCCCAACCAAGUUAAGCUUACUAAGAUUGAGGAUCCUCCUGGCUCUGGCUUCUGGAAGUUCACACAUGGACCACCCAGUGAAGACUCUUUCACCGUAGCACAGGUUGUGUUUGGAAGUAAUACAGUUUCAGAUAUAGGAGCUAACACUGGUGAAAAUAUUCAGCAUCUGGCGGUAUGGUACUGGAAGGGUGCUGGUAACAUGAACCAACCUCUUCUUACUGAAGUGAAAAAAUCCGGACAGUAUAUCUAUAAAUCUGCCAAACCAGGUGGUGGUAACUUAAGUUGGCGACCACAUCCUGGAAAACAAGAGCUUCAAACUACUCCACUCACCGAUAAGGAACUGGAACAGAAACUGGAUGGCAUUAACUGUUCACUCAAUGAUGCUGUCACCAUCAAUCUCACCUUUCAGAAUUCUAGCAGUCUUUCUGAUAAACAUAAAAAAAGUAGAGAUGAUAACACCUACUGUUGCAGCACUCAUUGCCCUCAGGGUACUAGCGGGAGGGUCUAUGUUGAGAAAGUAAAAGUUUCUUGUAAACAAAACCAUCGCAGUGGCGACUGCUACAAACAUGAAUUUACUCCUAGCAAUGGAUUGAGGGUAGCAGCUAUCAAGUAUGAUCCUACUGGUGGGUCUACUAGGAGGAGAAUAACACCUUCUGGACUAGGUUUCCCUGUCUCUGACAUAACAGCCGUGUAUGCAUUCUACUCUGGAAAUAAUCCGAAACUCAUCUAUGUUGAAGGAAAUGGGCAAAAAAGGUGGUUUAAAAGUCCUACUGGUAGUGAUAAAGAUGAACUGUGGACAGAAGUCACUGUUAACAUCAAUAACGUAGAACCGGAAAAUAUUACCGAAUGCACCCACUGGACUCAGGUUAAGGGCGCACUAAAGGAGGCUAAAUGUGGAAGCUAUCCACAAUGUCCUCAACAACAACCGCCUCCGCCGCCCCCUCCUCUACCUGGCGGUGCUGGUCCUCCUGAACCUAAAGGACCUGAUGGUAAUAAAGGUGCUCAAGAAGAUACCGCUAAUGGUAAAGGUGAUAGUGGAGAUGGCGGUAAAGUUGAAGGAGCUAAAGGUACUGAAGAUUCUUAUUCUAGUGAUAGUAAAGCUGGUGAUGAUGGAUAUGAUGGAGUAGGUUCUACUGUAACUUCUCAACAUACCUUUUCACCUGAUCUAGCUACUAAUACUCAAGUUGAAGGCUCUGAAGCUGCUAGUAAUUCUAGUGGUGGUGCUCCUGAUACUACUCCUCCUGAACCUCCUCCCACUACUCAAGCUCAUGCCGCUCAAAAAGCCUCAGGCUCUACUGCUGGAAAUUCUGGUCCUGGACCUUCUCAUGGAGGUCCUUUUUGGGAUUCUCCUGAAAGAUCUAUACCUACUGUUCUGACUGGAGUUGGUGCUGUAUCAGGCUCCAUUACUGGAUUUGGGUCGAUUUUCAUGUGUCCACCCUUUGGUUUACUCGUACGAAAUAAAUUGCACCAAUCAAUGCGUGACUUUGAGCAGUUUUACGACAGACUAAACGAUAUAACGUCGUGGUCAAUAACAAAUGGAUACAUGUGGAACCCAAAGCCGAGGAUGGUCAACCGCGAAAUUGAAAAUAUAUGCAAAAGAUAUGGGUUCAAGGAAGCGGAAGAAUCCGGAUUCUUAAAAGAUGGAAACAUGAACAUUUUUCACAUAAAACCCCAAGAUCCAACUGCAGCUAGAAUCGUGUUGGAUGAAAUAAAGAACCAGUCCAGCAAGAUGAUACUGUAG